AUUUUUUCUCAACAUGUGUCUGGUAUUUUGGUGAACACAAUUUGGUUUAAUUUUUUGUUCCUUUAAUUGUUUUCAAUUUGAUUGUUUUUGUUACCGUAAUUUGAUUAAUUUAGUUAUAAUGCCUAAGUGGAGGUCUAAAAAGAAUGUUGCUAAUGUUGGCAGGAAUUUACCUUUAGCCCAACAAUUGGAAGAAGAUGCUGUUGUUAAACCAUCAUCUCGAUUUGGUAAAAAAAAUGAUUCUAUUGAAUCUUUUGAUCAGUUUAUCGAUGGGAGAACAAGUAAGAAAAUUUUGACUCAAGCUCGGAAUCAACAAGAGGAAUUGGAAGAGGAGUUAGGUUUAAGAGAUGAUGUUUCAAAGGAACUUGGUCCUGUAAUGGAUCAUUUAACCAUGGCUGGUGGAGACGAUGAUGAUAAAAAAGAUGAUGAUUGUUUGGUUAAUAUCAAUGACCAGGAUGAUUAUUACAAAGAUUUGAAAAUUGAUGCUGCUGAUGAAAAAGCGCUUGAAAUGUUUAUGACGCACAAACAACAGGAUAAGAAAACUCUUGCUGAUUAUAUCAUGGAAAAGUUAAAAGAAAAGGAAACAGAGGUUAAUACCCAAUUUUCUGAUGUUGCCAGUGUUAAAUUACAAGAUCUUGAUAAAGAAGUUGUCGAACUUUAUAAAGGUGUUAAACUUGUCCUUUCAAGAUAUCGAUCUGGUAAAAUACCUAAAGCUUUUAAAAUUAUUCCAGCUCUUUCCAACUGGGAACAAAUAUUAGCAAUAACUGGUCCAGAUAAUUGGACAUCAGCAGCAAUGUAUCAAGCAACUCGUCUGUUUACAGCUAAUUUAAAAGAGAAAAUGGCUCAAAGAUUCUUUAAUUUGAUUCUUUUACCAAGAAUUCGUGAUGAAAUCGCUGAAUAUAAACGUUUAAAUGUUCACCUUUACCAAGCUCUUAGAAAAGCUUUGUUCAAACCUGGAGCUUUUUACAAAGGUAUCGUAUUACCUUUAUGUCAGGAUGGUGACUGUACUCUUCGAGAAGCCGUUAUCAUCUCCAGUAUAUUAGCUAAAUGUAGUGUUCCAUUGAUGCAUUCGUGUGCCGCCAUGUUGAAAAUCGCGGAGAUGGAUUAUUCUGGUGCAAAUAGUAUAUUCUUAUUAACUUUAAUAAGAAAAAAGUACGCGUUACCUUAUCGUGUUAUCGAUGCAAUUGUUGCCCACUUUUUACGAUUUUCUUCAGAUUCAAGAGUCUUGCACGUUCUUUGGUAUCAAUCGUUUUUAUCAUUCGCUGAAAAUUACUCGAAAGAUAUGUCAGAUGAACAGAAAGAUGCUCUCACUGACCUUUGUAAAGUUCAUCGUCAUCAAAAAAUCACCCCUGUUAUUUUGUCUCACCUUCAACCCCAAAUGAAUGAAUAGAAUCAAAUCAAAACAAUUAAACAAAGUGCUCAUAAUUUA